CGGGAUAAUUGCAGGGCGCCGAUAUUACCGACCACGGCCAUUUGUUAUAAAUCUGUGGAAGCUCGUGUACAGUUAUCAUCCGUGCAGGACAUGCAUGUAUCAUUUGGCUUAUUCUUACGCGAAAUACACAAACUUUUUUCACAUGUGACCGCCUUUACGUUAGUCGAUUCGUGUCGUUAAACUGGCCGGAAGAAAGGGGGUUUACGGGUAAGGUGCAGAAAGUGCGCGGCUUCGUGCACUUGGAAUUCAUAAAGGUAACCGUAUAGAUUCUUUUACGAAAAGGCUCUUCUUCAUACUUCGUAUUCCGCGGUGUGUAUCAGCUGUUCAGUGACAGUUCGCCAAUCGUAGAGGCCGUAGGAACCAUAGAAGCGUCAAAACAGAGGAAGAAGUUUAUUGUUUGGGACACAACUACAACAUGGCUAUCUGUGUGAUUAAUAAUCAAGCGACACAUCAAUAGACAAAGAAGCAACGCAAUACUCGCGAAGAAGUGAAAGCAAUUCUCAUGAUAAUUCGAAUCACUUUGCGCUCGGCGUACAGUUCCGUUGUUCCAAACGAGGCGGUACGAGGCAAGAGAUAAAAUGUUGGAGCUGGAGGUGGUGCCCGAAAGGUCUCUUGGAUGCGAGCAGUGGGAAUUUAUUUUAGGUAUGCAUUUCUCUCAGUCAGUAUCAAUAAUACAAUCUCAAGUCGGUGUUAUAAGAGGAGUACAAGUACUUUAUAGCGACAGUAACCCGUUAGACGUAGAUUUAGUGAUAAAUUUACCUCACGAUGGAAUUCGGCUUAUAUUCGAUCCCAUUGUACAAAGGCUUAAGAUAAUUGAAAUUUACAAUAUGAAGUUGGUGAAAUUGAAGUAUUGCGGUUUGCCGUUCAAUUCGCCGGAGGUGUUACCCUCGAUCGAGCAGAUAGAGCAUUCUUUCGGAGCGACCCAUCCUGGUGUUUACGACAGUGAAAAACAGGUGUUCGUGCUGAAUUUCCGAGGACUGUCGUUUUACUUUCCAAUCGACUCAAAGUUCCAGCCCGGCUAUGCUCAUGGAUUAGGCUCGUUGCAGUUCCCUAACGGGACUUCUCCUCUGGUUGCAAAAACGGCGAUUUAUAUCGGAAAUAUGCCAGCCGGUGGUAGUAGCGAAGAACACGGCUCGAAAGCGCCACCGCCACCUUUACCGCUUGUCUGUUAUCAUAACAAUUUGUACUUAGAAAAAGCUGAUAUCAUUAGAGACAAAGCACGCACCAGGGGGCUUAGAUUGCAUCUCUUCACAGAAGGUAGUUCCGGAACGAGGGUACUAUUGGAGCCGAAGAAACGAUGUUUAAUCAAAGAGGUAUUAUUCGGAGACACUUGCGAAGAUGUUUUAAGUGCACUCGGUGCCCCGUCUAGAGUAUUCUAUAAAGCCGAAGACAAGAUGCGUAUCCACAGUCCACACGCGCACAAGCGGGACAAAAUAAGACGGUCGGACUUCUUCUAUAAUUAUUUUACUUUAGGUUUGGAUGUCUUAUUCAACGCCAAAACUCAAUGCGUGAAAAAGUUUGUACUUCACACCAAUUAUCCGGGACACUACAACUUUAAUAUGUAUCACCGUUGCGAAUUUUCUUUAACUUUGCCUCCUGAGAAUAAUUCCACGGAAUCGGGAAAACUGAUCGACGUUUCUCCCUCUCCCGUUACGAUCACUGCCUAUACAAAAUGGGAUAGAGUGAGCGAGCAACUGAAAGCAAGCGCGCGCCCCGUGGUAUUGAAUCGUGCAUCUUCAACAAACACAACCAAUCCAUUUGGCUGCACAUUUUGUUACGGUAUACGUGAUGCAAUUGUCGAAGUUAUGGCAAACCAACAUAUCGCGAGUGUAACUUUAUACAGAGCAGCGUGACGUUGAUAAUUUACAUGAACCAACGCAUUAUGGUGCGUAACUUGAGACAACGGUAAAGAACGAUUAUUCAUGAUAGAGUCGUUUUAUCUCCUAAGAUCUUAAAUCUGGCGAAUAAAGGUAAGAGAGAGAGAGAGAGAGAGAGAGAGAGAGAGAGUGAAAGGAGGGUAAUAAACAUAGGACUGUUCACUUUACUUGUACCUUUUGCAAUUACAGUUUCUUUGUUAUCUUUUUCUUU